GGGCACUCCCGACCGACGCCGCCUCGCCUCUGGCCGCCCGCACGCCUCUGGCCGCCCGCACGCCUGCCUCUACGCCCGCACGACCGCCCGAAGGCCCUCGGCGCCAUGCUCCAGACUUCCAUACCCCUGGUGCUGAUAGGCCUUAUCAGCUUGUCUGCCUGCCUGCCUGUUACCGACAAGGAUAAACAACGCAAUGCCCUCUACCCGCUGGUUCGCGGCUCUGAACGCAUGAUCCCGCUCUCCAAGAUGCGUCCCUACAUGGGAAAAAACGAUGACAAUAUAAAAUGCACAGGCGAGGGCUUCUUCGCACACCCGAAGAACUGUUCACAAUUCUACCGGUGCGUCGACGUCGCGAACACGGGCAUCCACAGCACCGUCUUCUUCGAGUGCGCCAGGGGAACCGUCUUCUCCAAGGACCUCCAAACGUGCCUGCCCGGAGUCUGCCUCGGCCAACCGCCACCGCAAGGGCCGCCCUUAAAGGAUCCCAUGUUAAUGAUGCCGUUACUGAACCCCAGCCAGAACGCCACGUCGGGUUCAACGCCUGACGACACGCUACCGCCUUCUCCCCUCCUCCUCCUCCUCCUCCAACGUCAUCCUCGACGGCCGGUACCAUAGGCUCUACAUCAGUUCAGAUACCCAUCGCAGCGCUACCAAUGCCGGCCUGGUUCAACUCGACCCCUUGGUGGUACAACACACCCCCAGCAUGGUUCCAGCAGACCCCUGACUGGUUCAAGCCGAGCAAGGCUCAAAUCAUAAGCGAGGAGAUAGUGAUAGAGGAAGAUUUGCUUCGUCCUGACCUCCAGGCUGUAGGCCACCAGGGAAAUUUUUCGGUAGAUGGUAUUGAUGCCAGUCUCAGCAAGGACAACAAAACUAUUAAGAUCCACAUUCCAAUAAAGAUUGUGCAGCAGUAGGGACGAAGGUUGGCACUGGCAUUUCAACUUAAGAUGUUUUGACUUUGAAUAAAUCAAAAUACUUUAAUUCUUUAGAGAGAGUCUGCAAGUUAUUACAUAUAUGCUCAGUGUUAUUUCUUUAAAGAAUGAGACCUGUGAUCUGAGUAAUUGUAUAAGUGUGCUUGCAUGCAUGUUUUUUUUUUUUUUUUUUUUUUUUUUUUUUGUGUGUGUGUGUGUGUGUGUGUGUGUGUGUGUGUGUGUGUGUGUGUGUGUGUGUGUGUGUGUGUGUGUGUGUGUGUGUGGUGUGUGUGUGUGUGCGUGUGUGUGUGCGUGUGUUUGCGUGUGGUAUUCAUAUGUAUAUAAAUAUGUACACACACAUACAAAUAUAUAUUCUAUUGCUUAUAUCUGUGAUGGUAGUGUUCUUUGAUACAAAUGUAAUAAAUUAAAAAUAAGAUAAAUAAAUAACUAUAUAAAAACUAAACCAAAUAUG